UGGGAACUUUUCACGCAACCUGUGUUAUAAUAAUACAGACUCAGAUGAAAUGGAUACUCCAGCAUUAAAUGGAAAUGAGGGAACACAGAACAGACAAGAAUCAUCCGAUGUAAGUCUUAUACUCCAGGGGACAUCCGAAAAAGCAACAGCCAUCUUCUAUAGCAGAAAAGCAAUGAUAUUAGAUACAGAAGCAGCUGUUAUAGCGAAUUUUGAAUUUUUGGGACAUACAGACAUGGACAUGGAAGAGGAAGAAGGAGAUGAAGAGGAUGAAAUUUAUGAUGCAAUUACGGAUACCAAACCAAAUAAAGCAUCUAUCCCCCUUCUGGCGAAAGAUGUUGAUACAGAUGCAGAGGCAGAAGUAUUAAAUGAAUAAAAUCUCCUCACAGAAAUUGAAGAAUCGCCACCUAGUUCUAUCCAUCUGGAUGAAUGAAUUCUUCAAAGGGAUUUAUUACAUAGAGAAUUACAACAAGAUCCAAGACGCCCAAAUAAUAAAGAAGGCGGUGAUUCCAUGCUGAAAUUAGGAGAAUUAGAACAGUUAUGUGUUAACAAUGAUGCAGAAAUAUCGUACGAUAUGGUUCCCAGCACGAAGGAGACCUUCAGAAAAACAUGGAAUGCUAAAUAUACGUUCGCAUUUUGACGCUGUUAGAGCACUCGUCUUCCAUCCUGCAGAUCCGGUUCUUAUUACCGCAAGCGAUGAUUACACACUGAAGUUUGUGGAAUCUUCAUAAGACUGUACCGACAAAAAGUAAAUCCAAUAUCGAUUAACACGUUGACUGCCACGGAAUUUUUCACGAUUCCGGCCUAAAGAGCCAAUUUGAUUUAAUCAUGUUAUAUUAUUAAAAACUUUAAUAAUA